GUUCCAGAAAAUCCGGAAAUUGUUGAAUUUCCGAAAAGCGAACCGUUCAACCAAAACUUCCGGGAGGAAAGUCAAUUGGGACGGAAAUUUCCGGUCAGAAAUUUACGAAAAUUUCUGUUUAACUCGCAAGGUUGUCACGUUCCCUAGGCUGGUAAAGGGAUGUGUUGGUAAGGAUUGGCGAAGCCAGAACAGCAUUCCUUCUGCUGGAUCUGCGUCUGAGUGUAAAGAACAACACGCAACCCUGAUUAUACGUGAAGACGAAUAGUACGUCUUGAGCGACGAACCAAGGGACUAAUUUGGAUCAGACAGUUGUGGGUAUGCGUGUUAGUCAAAGACGGCCACAGUUUGCUUUUGCACCAUUUAAACUGGGCACUUUAAGUCUUCCUCCUGUCCACACUUACUGGAGCGACUAGCUGAGUGCUUGGCCGGUGCAUCUGCUUGUUUGUCUCGUGUGUUUGCUCUGGACAAAUUAUACAUCUCUUGCGUAAAAAGGGCCACAGUGACUAGCGAGGAUCUUUAUAGAGGCAAUUCUUUGUCGGUCAUCUAAAUGGUCUUAGUAAAUAACAACUCAAAUUAACCAGGAAAUGAUGGAAAACAACACGUGUGAAACUCCUUUGAACCUGUUAAGGAAUAUGGAUGGUCAAAAUUUGAGGUCGAAACUUUUGCAAAUACUGAUCACAACUUGAGUUCCGUUUGGUUGACACGGACAUAAAUUAGCUUGAGGGGGUGGGGUGGGUAGAACGAUGCUUUGAGACAACCGUAUAUAAACUGACAAGGGUCCAUUAAUCUGUCGGGAAGUUUCUAAAAACAUAAUCGUCGGUGAUUGAACUUAUAAACGUCCAGUUUGAAACCCAACUAGGAUUUUUUAAAUAUUGCUGUAUAAAUUGGACAAAAUUUGUAUAAAUUGGACAAAUAUACAGCUUAACGACACUGAAAGAGAAGCAGUGUUGAGAGGCGAGGUUAACUAAUGGUGGGGUAGGGACGAAAUGGGGAGGUACAUUUUGUGUAAAGGGAGUGUAUUGUUCGAGUUGCCCCAUGGAAACCAGCUGGAGUUGAUCUCUGGGGGCGACCUUACGAGGUUCUUUAUAGCCGUAACGAUAGAGAGAGAGCACAAAACAAGAACGAAUCACAACAGAGCUAUUAAAGUGUUGCAGAUCAGGCAGAUCCCUGGUUUGGUAUAGACGACAAUUCAGCGGUGAUGACACAGAACACAAAAGAACAAACUUUAUUCGUUGUUUUUGGUGCUUCGGGAGAUCUUGCAAAGAAAAAGAUUUAUCCUACUUUAUGGUAUUUAUAUAAAGAUGAACUCAUACCAAAAAACACCAAGAUCAUUGGCUAUGCUCGCUCAGAUUUGACAGUCGACAAACUAAGAGCCAAAGUUGAACCUUUCAUGAAGCUGAAAGGUGAUCAAAAGGCUCAAGUAUCAGAAUUUUUCAAGCUUUGCUAUUAUGUUAAAGGCCCUUACAAUGAAGCAUCAGGCUUUAUAAAGCUGAACGCAGAACUUGAGAAACUAGGAGAAGGAAAGGAUGUUGUUCACAGGCUGUUUUAUCUUGCACUUCCUCCUUCUGUUUUCAUGGAUGCCUCUGAGAACAUCAAACAGCACUGCAUGGGCUCAAAGGGAUGGAACAGAAUGGUUAUAGAAAAGCCAUUUGGAAAGGACUCAGACAGCUCUGCUGAAUUGUCCAAUCAUCUGGCAUCACUGUUUCCAGAGGAUUCCAUGUAUCGUAUAGAUCAUUACCUUGGCAAGGAAAUGGUGCAGAAUCUUAUGGUUCUACGGUUUGGUAACAGAAUCUUUGGUCCAGUGUGGUGUCGGGAGAGCAUCAAAAGUGUUAUAAUAACAUUCAAAGAACCAAUUGGAACUUAUGGCAGGGGAGGAUACUUUGAUGAGUAUGGAAUCAUCAGGGAUGUUAUGCAGAACCAUCUAUUACAGGUGCUUUGUCUGGUUGCCAUGGAAAAACCUGCUAGUAAACAAGCUGAAGAUCUGCGAAAUGAGAAGGUGAAAGUACUCAAGUGCAUGAACCCAAUUGAAUUGAAGAAUACAGUGCUGGGUCAGUAUAUUGGAAAUCCUGAUGCAGAAGGGGAAGGAAAGUUUGGUUACCUCGACGAUCCCACUGUGCCGAAGGGUUCCAUCACACCAACAUUUGCUACAUCUGUGAUGUACAUACGCAAUGAAAAGUGGGAUGGUGUGCCAUUUAUCCUCAAGUGUGGCAAAGCUCUGAAUGAACGAAAGGCUGAGGUACGCAUUCAGUUUACUGAUGCACCUGGAGAUAUCUUUGAAGGAAAGUGCAAACGAAAUGAGUUGGUUGUUAGGCUUCAACCAAAAGAGGCGGUGUAUGUAAAGAUGAUGAUCAAGGAAGCUGGAAUGUCUUUUGAGCCCCAUGAAUCAGAGUUGGAUUUGACAUAUGAGGAAAGAUUCACUCAUGUCAAGAUGCCUGAUGCAUAUGAACGGCUCAUCCUUGAUGUCUUUUCUGGAAACCAGGCUCACUUUGUCAGAAGUGAUGAGCUAGCUGAGGCCUGGAGGAUUUUCACUCCUAUUCUGCAUCAGAUUGAAAAAGAAAAAAUCAAACCAAUUCCAUAUAAAUUUGGAAGCCGUGGUCCCGAAGAAUCUGAUACACUUAUCAAGGAGAGUGGAUUUGUUUACAGUGAUACUUACAAGUGGCAAGAGAAAGCAAAGAAGUAGAUCAGCUACAUGGCAACCAAGUGAAUGAAGCUUGAUUGCAAGACUCUUCUACCAAAUGUUCAAGUUACUUUACAUGCACAGCAUUCUUUUUCUGGACAAGAACAUAAUAAUUAUCAUUAUAAUAAUGUUGUAAAGAUUUCAUAUAUUGGCAGUCUAUAAUGCAAAAGCUUUGGGUGAUUUUACUUUUAUAUUUUGCCUGAAAAUUUGAGGCUCCUUUAGUUUAAACAGCCACCUUACAGAAACAAGUGUCAGGUGUUUGUCAUUUUGCAAGAAAAAUACUCGGGUGUGUAAAUUUUUCUACACUUAAAAUUUAAUUUUUUAUUGGUGAUUGUUAUACAGUUGAACCUUGCUAUCUCGCAUUUUAUUAUCUUGAAGUCAAAUCAUUUUCUCUUGGAUAUACUUUUUCAGUCACUCACUAUGUGCUGUCUUGAACCCCUGACAUCUCAAACUAUUUUUUUGUCCCCCAUAAGAGUUAAAGUUGGCGGGUUUCAACUGUGUGUAGCAUUGCUACAGUGUACUGUUGUAUUAUCUUCUGCUGUGUUCUUGGAUAACAUGAUUGCUGAUGGAGAAGCAAUGUUUGUGAAGGUAAAUCCAGUUGUGAUCAAUACUGAAUUUCUCCAUACAAUGGUAUUACAUUUCUAAUAACAAAAGCACCAGCUAGUGGCAUUUUCUUGAUGUACCAUGAAUUAUGGGGUAAACCCAGCCGAAAAACAAGGACACUUUUUUCAUACUUUUUAAUCAGGCUGUGUAUGGUAACAAUGUUGAUUGUUGAUCAGUAGUUUUAUUUUUUUUAUUCCAUUUGCAAAACAAAACUUAUCACAAUACUCAAAAUGUCGAUGAAAUGAAGGUAUCAUUGAAUCAGUAUCAGUUAUGACAUUCUCUUCAAUGUGAAUUGUUGUCCAGUUAUCAUUUUCCCUGAAAAAUACUAUCAUUUCACUAGGAUCAACCACUAUUCACUGGUUCAUUCAUAGACUAGAUAACACACAGGAAAAUAAUGUACAUGCAGAACCCCAAGUCAGAAAAGUGACUUGUGCUGCUGUGUAUUGUAGCAUAUGGACAUAAAAUGGUACAAAUGUUUGGUUAGAAUUAGGUAUGAUAUUUAACAAUAGAAUGUUUAACAAUAGGUUUUUUUUGCCAAUGUAGGGACAGGAAGUAAAAUUAGUUUUAUUACCAUCCUAAUACAUAGAGAAAGUUCUGCUUAAAGCAGUGUACCAUAUACUUUAAGUAUUAUUCUUAGGGCUUGUUAAUUAUUUUUAGGGCUAAUUAUUUUUCUAGUAAUAUUAAUUUUAGUAGUAUAUUGAAAAGAUAACCAAAAUUAACCUGUGAUUAGGCUUGAAGAAACCCCACAAUUCUUUCUUUGCCUUUGUCCUCUUUCCCCACACCCUCCCCUCCCCUAAUCUUAGUUUGCUCCAGGAAAGAAGAGCAUAAUAUUGGCAGUGUAUCAAGCUAUAAUAUCGACAGAUAUCUUCAAGAUACCGCUGUGGAUAGUUACAGCCUGAUCACAGGUUUAAAUGAAAGCUAGUUACUAAAGUAGAAGUUAAUUUGAAUACGCUAUUGAUUUUCACACAUUUCUUAAUUCUGUCUGAAGAACCCUUUACAAGGGAGAAACUCACACAAUGUAAUAAAAAUGACAUUGUAGUAUUA